AACAAUGCAGUGAAGGCCGAAGGAAAAGUUGCGUUCUUAGUGUUUGUAAAGUUUUCCCAGCGGCCGCUCGCUCGGUGAAUUUCUACUUUUUCAGUGCACGCGUACGGUUUUUCGAGUGCCUGUUACGAAACGCCGAAAUACGUCGCUUACCUUUACCACGGGGACUGUUAGCCGAUAAUUGUCGGGCGAAAUUUCUUUUGGCACGGAUUUGUGUGCGUUCGCCUUUAGCCGUUUUACACGUCGAUUUGUGUAAACAUUUGGGGCGAUUCAUUUUUAUCGGCGUACUCACUUAGUGAUUUAUUGUGGGUCAGAAAAUUACUAAAGUUUUUUCGGUGUGAAUUACUCUCUGAUGUUUGAGUGAUAGGUGCUGAGUGGUGUGCUAUAACGUGUGUGAAUUUCAGCUCUACAGUCGUUGGGAAAUAGCUGCUGUAUCAGUUACCUUCCUUGUGUGAUAUAAAACCAAUAGUAAGACGUGUUUAUAUUACAAUAACCACAACUGAACUUAAUACACUCGGAAACGGUAAAAGUGACACAGUUGACAAACGGGUGGUUUGUCGAUGUAUUAACUAUAUCGAUAUUGUCGAUAGUGUUCGAUAUCUUUACUGAAAGUGUAAUCUGCAAAAGUGAUUUGUUUGCUGACGCUACCACGUGACGGCUUUAACGAUCGUGUGUUCGCCCGCAAACCAGAUAGUUUGCGGCUUCGGUAACCGAGACCUAUUGCGUACACCGAAAUGGUGCAACGAUAGAAUGUUCGCAAUGACAGCGAUUCGAAUGAAGCGAUAUCGAACUGAUAGUUCUUGAUUGAAUGCUCGUCGCCACUUAGAGUGCCACGUUGGGCGCCAAAAAUUUGGGGUUAUUGAACUGUUAGUGUGGGUUAUGUUGGGUGUUGAGCAGUGACGGCGGCCGGGCGGCUGCAAUGGGCGCGGCGCGCCAUGGUGCGCUCCCGCCCGCUGGGGUUGCUCCUGGCGGCGCUGGCGUUGGCGACGUGCGCCGCGGCCCCGGCGCCAGAGCCGCGCGCCCAGCGAUCCGCGAACCUCAGCCACAUCACGGGCACCUCCCGCACGAUACAGAUGUUCCUAAGGAAUCGCUAUCUGCAGCUCAUGCCAGAUGGCACUGUCAACGGCACCACAGAUGGCAACAGCGCUCACACAAUACUUCAGCGGGCGACGUACAAAGUCGGCCUCCUGACGAUCCAGGGGGUAGCCACAUGUAUGUACCUGUGCAUGGACGCCUGCGGCUUCCAGUACGCAAAUAAGUAUCUCUCGGACGAUUGCGUCUUCGAGGAACACAUAGAAGAGAACAACUACAACACAUACUCGCGAGUCCGAGGCGGGAAGAAAACGUAUUUAGCAUUAGACAAUAGAGGGAAGGCGAGGCGAACGCAGAUUCCUGUGAGCAGGCAGCUGGGUAACCUCUCCUGGUACGCUUUGACUCUCACCAGGAGGUGGGAAGGCCACGGCGUGAAAUACACGCAAUGUGCGACGCGUCGACACCACGGCAAGCUGAAAAAGCCUCCCAAAAAACACACGCCUAGAGUCUGCAUGCAGACAGUACACAGACAGAAUCUGAGGCAGAAAAGGAAGCACAAGAAGGCUAACAACCCGAAGAAAAAGAGGCAUCCAAAAGCGCGGAGAAGACACGGGAACGGCACGACGACGACGACCGAGGUCAGCUGGGACGAGUCGACGAUGUCGACGAUGUCUACGACUACGGAUGUCGAGUUUUUUCGGUCGGCGACCGCGCAGGAGGCGGUCGGACGCGGUCAAGGAGGCAACAGUGACUCGGUCGGCUACAGUGGCUCAGUCAUGUUUCUACCUGAAGGCAUAGGAAUAUAUAUUUGUCUCUUUUACCGAUUCAAAGGUCUUGGUACCCGAACACGUUUAAACCAGUUUGCUCGCCGGUCAAGUGCCGUGCGGAAGGGUGAGGGAAUGUUUUUUGUUUUCGCGCCCACUAAAUUACAUUCUAAGAAUGCCACGGAAAAAAACCGACAGAAAAAUAGGGAAGAAAUAAAUAACGAAGAGAUUGAGAUGACUUAAGAUCUUAUAGGUAGCAAUAAAAGUACUAAGAGUCGUGUUGAAUUGUUGAUUAUAAUAAGAAUAGCUUGUGCAGUUUUGUUAUUAUUUCUAAUAAAAAACUACGCGGAA